AUGGGAACACCACUAACAGGAACGGUCAUUAUUACCGGAGGCAACGGACUACUAGGCUCAGAGAUUGCUAUUGAGAUAGCAAAGAAACAACCCUUUGUGCAUCUAUUGUUGACGGCCCGAGAUAUACGGACCGAUGAUGUCCGGGACCUCAUCGGCAGAAUUCGAUUAAUCGGCCCAAGAUCGAUUGAGGUUCUCAAUCUUGAUCUAACCGAUCUCAAAUCAGUUGCCAGCUUCGCCAAAUCUACAGUCGACCGGGUCCGAUUUAAAGACAUUCCACCCGUGACUAGCCUAAUUCACUCUGCGGUGGCCACAUCAUACGUUGUUGACGACCUGACAUCAGACGGCUACGACCCUGUAUAUCAAACCAACUGCCUGUCACCGUUCUUAUUGACCAUCGGACUAUUGGAGGCGUUCCGUGCCGGCGAUGGCACACCCAAAGGGGGAGCCAAGGUCAUCAACAUUGGAUGCUCAGCAGCAACCUCCUGUGGACAAUUGGAUUAUUUCGAUCGCGACCAUGGAAGACUCGACCGGCAAAUUGGAUCACCCCUCAGUGCCAAAGAGGGCAAUAUUCGCUUUGGAAGCAGCAAAUUAAUAGGCAGUGUCGCACUAUAUGCAUUGCGACGGAGCUUGAUCUGGACUGGACACAUAUCGCUGGACAUCUUCACACUGGAUCCAGGCGGCAUGACUGGCCCAAGCAAUCUACGGACUGGGGCCCCCAUGUCCGUCAAAGUCGCACAUCAGACCCGGACGGGACUCCGGCCUUUUUUGCGCAUGAUCUCCCGAAGCUCCAUGAAUAAGGCCAGUGUGCCUGCCAAGGCGAUUGCCAGAGUCGCAUUCCAGAUCGACUCGGUGGAGAACUGGCAAAAAGAACGCUACUUUAUACUUGAUAGCGACUACGAGGCCGCAUCCGUCAUGGCGGGCUUGCGUGAUGGCGAGAAAAUGAACACCUUGCUACUACAGAUGAUGCGACAGGUUGAUGUGGAAACAAAGGAGAUUGACUCUCCUCCUGUUCGGCCUCGACGCCGUGGGUGUGAUAGCGCAGUCAUGAACAGGCACGUCUUGGAGAAGGGCCACUCCGCCUAUCCCAUCGGGUCGGCCUUCUCAAUUGCACCAAAUAAAUUCCAACCUCGCUCCCAACCUGCCCUUCGACGUCGACGACAACUAUUCCAGCGUCUAUGUCUCCUAGCUGGAGUUUCGUUCGUUCUCGUGCUUCUCAUCUUCCCAUCCUGGCGCGCCGCCAUCCUGCCGACAAUCUCGCUCGGUCUCCUCUCCUCCACCGAAGAUCUACAUCUACAAACGGUCCGUUACUAUGAUUUAUCACAAGUGCAGGGCUCGGAGAAGGGCUGGGAGCGCGGAGAGCGUGUCCUGAUGUGCACCCCGCUGCGGGACGCCGAGUCGCAUCUGCCCAUGUUCUUCUCGCAUCUGCGGAACCUCACAUACCCCCACAACCUGAUCGAUCUUGCUUUCCUGGUGUCCGACUCCCGAGAUGACACCCUCACUAUGCUGUCAAGUAUGCUGGAGGAGCUACAGAAUGACCCGGACCCGAAAAUGUCAUUUGGCGAGAUCUCGGUGAUCCAGAAGGACUUUGGUCAAAAGGUCCAACAGGAUGUGGAAAGUCGCCAUGGAUUCGAGGCCCAGGCAAGCCGUCGCAAGCUCAUGGCGCAGGCUAGGAAUUGGUUGCUGAGUGCAACUCUACGCCCGACUCAUAGCUGGGUUUAUUGGAGAGAUGCGGACGUGGAAACCGCCCCGUUCACUAUCAUUGAGGACUUGAUGCGGCAUAAUAAGGAUGUUACUGUUCCUAGUGAGUUGCGACCCUUCCUACAUGGGGGGUUUGAUAGCAUGCUAAUUGGGGUUAUUUUUAGAUGUUUGGCGACCGCUCCCGGAUUGGCUGGGGGAGAGCAGCCGUACGACCUGAACUCCUGGCAGGAAUCAGAAACUGCCCUGGCGCUGGCAGAUACCCUUGACGAGGAUGCUGUGAUUGUUGAGGGUUAUGCCGAGUAUGCUACGUGGCGGCCUCACCUCGCUUACCUCCGCGAUCCCUAUGGCGAUCCGGAUAUGGAAAUGGAAUUGGACGGCAUUGGCGGUGUCAGUAUCUUGGCCAAAGCUAGGGUCUUCCGUGCAGGCGUUCAUUUCCCAGCCUUUAGCUUUGAGAAGCAUGCCGAGACUGAAGGGUUUGGCAAGAUGGCCAAGCGCAUGAAGUUCUCCGUCAUUGGGCUGCCCCAUUACACCAUUUGGCAUCUUUACGAGCCUAGUGUCGAUGAUCUCCGACACAUGGAAGAAAUGGAGCUGGAGCGAUUGGCUCGCGAGCGGGAAGAGCAGGAGCGCGCCGAACAAAAGGACGGUGCCCAAGCUAAGGCCCAGGAUCCCAGUACCGACGGAGAAUCUAUGAAAGGCUCCGCCGACGGCCCAGCUGCGCAACCCGAAAAGGAUACCCAAGGGUCCCAGGCGUCACCCCAGCAGCUUGACAAGACCGACAAGAUUCCUAAAGCGAAGCAGUGA